GAUGCCAAGGUUAAGAAGCUAUUUGAGCUGUUGUCCAACAAGACUGGGAUACCAGCGGAAGGAUCACGUUUACUUUUCGGCGGCAAACAGUUGGAUGACGAUGAUAAACUAAUAUCGGACUACGGCAUCGAAAAACGGUCAACACUAUUCCUUGUUUUCCGACUGCGUGGCGGCUCAGACCAGAUCCGCGUGAAAGUGUUGGAUGACACAGUGGAGCUCAGCGAUGCCCCGGAUAUGAUCACGUGGGAUGACGACCCUGACAACAAAAGGGUCAAGAUGCCUUGCGGGCAUGCGAUAAGUAAGAGCUUCAUUACCUUAAUUUUUUCAUCGUUGAUGCAAGAUUUAAACAAGGUUUAGCAUGUGAUCAAAACUGGUAACAAUUAGGCUGGGACAACUCUAUACGCGUUACCACCUUGCUGAGAAUCACACGUUAACUAACUUUUGCUUCCCCUUCCUCCAUCUUUCCUUCAAAUGGCCAGCCCUUGAAAUUUAUAAAUGUAAAGUUUCGUUAAAAUGGACAAACGCUGAACCUCUGUUGGGGAAAAAUCUGCAAACAAAAUAGCUUUUUGGACCCGGAAUGGCUUAGGAAGUUCAGUGAGAAAUAGAGAGCUUCACAUCUUUCAGGAGACGGGGAGAAGUCAGAUUAUCACCAUGGCAACAACCCUAAAUCAGGCAGCUUUAUCGUUGCAGUUUAGAUAUCUUCAAGUAAAGCCUGUAUUAAUGUGUUUAUCUCUUAGCUCCAGAAUCACUGACCCUAUAUUGCCGCAGCAUCUUGACCGAAGGAAAAUGGCGAUUUAUGUGUCCGUACAUUAGCCAAGACCAGCCACCGAGACAUUGUAACAACGAAUGGGAUUACCUCGACGUUCGGCGCUUGGCCGUUUUGACAGAGAAAGAGAAGGAGGAGUUUGAGGAGCAGAUCGCCAAGAACCAGUUUAAGGCUAUCGGCAUUCACGAAUGUCCAAAAUGCAAGUCAAUGGUGGAGAGAGAAAACAAAAAGGAGAUACGGCUGACCUGCAUUCCGUGUAGCAAGAAGGGAGAAAGGUACGAGUUCUGCUGGCAUUGUCUGAACAGGUGGUACAACGGCUCCAGCAGGACUCAGUGUGGUAAGACUUAAGUGAUAGUGAUAACAACAAGGAGUGUUCCUUAAAAGUUAUGGGGUAAUGAGCGUUCUUUGGUAUUGCUCAGAAAUUUAGGUUUACGCUAAACUGCUGGCUAUCAGGUAAAAAAAAAUAUUCAAGAACAAGCAGGGAAGCAGUUCUUGCAAGGUUUCACUUCAAUGGCUCACUACCCUUCCAAAGAAAAUAGAGAAAAUGACAGCAUCAAUUUUUCCUUAGCACCCAAAACAAUAACAAAUGUAGCACUAGAUGCCUAGUUGAAUUACAAGCUUACGAAAGCUGCUACGCUUUUGAGCUUUGGAAAUUCUGGUCACAAAACAAACUAGAAUGUUUCACAUGGAUGGCUUGCAACCCUUAAAUGCCCCCAGCCCCCAAAACACUAGCAACUGCUACACUAAAGGAGGGCCAGUAUAUUAAAAAGUUGUAUAUUUUAAAGGGAGCUGCUAAACACUCGGGGGACUAGGAGAAUUCUCGAAAGAUGCAAACUUUUGACUGCGUCUCGGGUUUACAUAACUGCCUCAAAUUCUUCCAACCCCCUUCGUGUUUAGACGAGGCUAUGUAAACACGGGAGAAGUCACCUAUUACUUAAAUGGUGCACGCGGGUAGUUUGGAGAGCACGAAAAAAAAGGGUCAGAGUUGCUCGAGGCGAUAGCAGUAGCCUGCGUAACAUGGCGGUUUUGUCGAGCCAGGCACACGAGCGGCGAAGCCGCGAGAAAAAGUUGCUCCCGCCCUAAUCUCCUCGCGGUUUCUCUGCCCUCGCCCGCCUUUAUUACUUAGCGCGCCCAACCAAAACCGCCAUGCUACGCAGGCUACGAUAGCAGAAGCAACUCUAACCUCCUGAGUGCUCGCGAAAUUUCCCAAAUGCACGAUAGCUCGAUAAAGUGUAAUUGUGCACAACUAAAAACAUUAACCAACUGUUUUAUAACACAUUGCCGGUGGAAAUGUGCAUCCAAACCGAAGCCAAAACUCGCGCAAAAAAAAAUUCUAGCGACGCGAUUUGCUAAAGUCAUCAGCGCGCGCCAUUGCAUUUUGUGCAAUGUUACUGAAUUUGAUUGCGCGGCUCUGCUGGCUAUGUUAUAAAUAGUAUUAGUUAAGAUUUCACCCGUCCGAUUUCUUUAUUCAUUAUUUUACUGGUUUACUUUUUAGGAAACGCUGACUGUUCCGGUGAAGACAAGCGUCUCAAGGCUCUACGUGAUUCCCCUAGGAAAAAAAUAGGGGAAGUCGAGGGUUGCCCCUCCAUCCGAGCAUGUGUGUUUUGCGGCACGCUGAUUGAGCACACGGAAGCUUGUAAGCACAUGCACUGCAAGUGCGGCAAAGAUUUCUGCUUCAUUUGUUUGAAGCCAAAAGAAAACAGUGGCUGGAAAUGUGGAGGCUCUGGUGAUUCCUGCCCAGUGGCACCUGUCCAAACCAUGAUUCCUGGAGUAUAA